UGCUAACCAGUUAACGCGCAUGCAUUUUUCUUGAUAAUUCGUGGUAUUAAUAACAAACUGUGGGAAUUCUCAGAAUACUGUGAUUCUAGAACUCGACGAACUCCUGCGGGUGAACACACCGAAGACAACAAAGCCCAUAUACAAAGAUGUGUGGCGGCUUUACUUGCUCCAAAAACGCAUUGACGGCGCUAAACAUACUUUAUAUCGUUGUUGCAUUUAUUCUAAUCGGUGUUGCUGUUUAUGGAAGAGCAUCUGCACUAGUUACAAAUCUCCCUAUAAUUGGAGGUAUUUUAGCAUGUGGUGUGAUUUUAAUUCUUAUUUCAAUACUUGGUCUUAUUGGUGCUGUUAAACAUCAUCAAGUGUUAUUAUUCUUUUACAUGUUUAUUCUGUUUCUGUUAUUCUUGAUUCAAUUCAGUAUCGCUUGUGCUUGCCUUGCCGUUAAUACCAAACAGCAAGAGCAGCUAGCAGAACAGGGUUGGAGACGUGUUGGAGAUGAUUUAAAAGCAAAGGUUCAGACUACUUUUAUUUGCUGUGGUUUUAAUAGCACCAGUACAUUUGUAGAUGAUCAAAGUCCAUUAUCUUGCAAACAUGUUAAUGAAAUCUGUUGCCCAUAUCCCACGGAGAACGACUGUAUGUGUCCAGCCUGUAUGCAAAAAUUACAAUCUACAAUUGAUUAUGCAUUUAAAUUAUGUGGCAGCAUAGGAUUGUUCUUUAGCUUCACCGAGUUUAUUGGGGUUUGGUUGACCGUGCGGUACAGGAACCAGAAAGAUCCACGAGCUAAUCCUAGUGCUUUUCUCUAGUCUAACACCAUCGCUAUGUCCUCUGUCACCUCAUAUGAUCCUCCUA